AUGGUUGCAACCCGCGGUUGCCUUGGUAACCAUGGCGGACAACCUCUCGGCCAAGAUGGCCGCCGAAGACCGCGUGGGAGGCUAAAAAAAAGGCCAAAGGGCUCGGGCGUGCCGCUCUGCUCCCCCUCGCGCGCACUCUAUGGUCUGAGAGUUUCGGCAAGCGAGCGCAGGAGAGUCGGCCGGAACCCAUGCGGAGCAGACGCGCAUGCGCACAUACAAACAUUUCCUCGGUAGGGAAGCUAGUCUCAUUGGGAUUUCAGGCGCAACUCAAACCGGACGGGCAAGGACUACUGGCGCAUGCGCAUUGGAAAACAAAUGGGGGGGAGGAGGAACUCAGUUUCUGUGCGCUUGCGCGCUGCAUAAGCUCAGUCCCAAACGAUGAAGCCGGACGUGUGGUUCUUUUCCCACCCAAAUGCACAUGCGCAGUAGAACCCCCACACCGGCGGUCGCCUCGUGAGCAUGCGUAGCCUCCUUCGCCCCUCAGACGCGCACGCUCAGAGCCGCUCCGGCGCCCCGGCGCCUUACCCACAGCGCAGGCGCAUUACGGCGUCGGAAGACGAGGCUCCGCCUCCUUUCCUUCCCCCUUCCUUCCCACCCAUUGCGGCCACCUUCGCUUUUUUUUUUGGAGCGUUUCCUCCCAGUGCGCGUGCGGCAAAAGGAGAGAGGGGGGAGGAAAAAAAGCGACAGCGCGAGAAGAGGCGGGAGGGAGGGGGAAAGGGCGAGAGGAGGCGAUAAGUGCGCGUGCGCACUGCGGGCUGGGUUGCAGCAGGCAGCGGCGGCGGCGGCGGUUGAGCUCGCGGGCGGGUGAGUUUGGUGCGCGUGUGUGUGUGUGCGCGGGGCUGUCCCGUGUGUGUGUGCGCGCGCGCACGCGGCGGUGGCAGCCGUUGCGACGCGGCGCGGAGCGAGGGGGGGGGGAAGGGAAGGGGAAGCCUCACCGACCGGCGCCGCCGCCGCCUCAGCCGCGUGGCUCCCUUUCCCCCCUCACGGAACGAGGUGCCGCGCGCACCCUCCCCUCCCCCCCUCAUUCUCCUCAGAGAGAGAGAGAGAGCGGGGGGGGGGGAGGAGAGCCUGGCGCCCCCCGUGUCGCGUGCAGGAGGCGGCGGCGGCGAGGCCGAGGCCUGCUCUUGGGAGGCCAGGCCGGGCCCCUCUGCUGGGCUGACUCACGGAGCGGGAGAGGAGGGAGGGAGGGGGGGGUAGACGGCGGCGAGUCAGGCCCGGCCGAGGCCUACCUUGGAAUGGGUCUCCUCUGGGUUACACAGUGUGUGUGCGGGGGGGGGGGAAACGGGGUGCCCAUUGGGGCAGGACGAGGCCUUGUGUUGCUUUUUCAUUUGGGGGGGCUCCCUCAGACCUUUCAAAGGAAAAUACGGGGGGGUGUGUUAGCCUCCUGGUAAUUGGGGUUUGCGGGUGGACUGUAUAACUUGAGGUUUGGGGGCUCCUUUAGCUCUUGCGUUGGGACUGGCGCGAAGGAAUAAUAAUAAUAAUUUAUUUAUACCCCGCCCAUCUGGCUGAGUUUCCCCAGCCACUCUGGGUGGCUUCCAACAAAAUACUAAAAUGCUACCUAUUCAACAUUAAAAGGAAGGGAAGGGGUUGGUGGGGACCCUUUGGGGAGGGAUCAGGGAAGGGCCAGUGGCCUUUGAGGGGGGGUCGCCUCUUGCAGUUGCACAGGGUUAUGUUUUGGGGUCCUGCACCAGAAGGCAUUGGUUUUGGAAUGGGGUUUGAGCGGGAGUUGAAAGAAAGAAGGGUGGUUUUCUUUGGGGAAGGGUGUGUGGCUCCUAUAUGAAGUCCACUCCCUGUUCUAGGGGCUUUACGCCCUGCUGGCUUUGGUUUUGUGGGAAAGAAGGCCUUUGAGGACACGGGUGGGGGUGGGAUCUGUUUCAGCAAGGGGGUCAGGGCUGCCUUUAGGGGAGGGGAAGGGGCGCUGAGGUUCCCGCUCUCUGCAAGGGGAGGCUUGUCCUCAGCUGAACUUGGGAAGGUAGGAGAUGGGUGUGGUGGGAAUAUCCCUCGAAGGGCUGCUCUGCAAGAAAUAGAGCUGGAGGGCGUUUCUCCCCCAGAGAAUUGACAUUUUGCUUAGGGUCACCAGCUCUGCCCCAGUUUAUAGCUUAGGGAGAUGGCUGGUAGGUAUCGAAGUAAGAUUUUGGUAGAGAGAGCUGGAAUUGCCCAUAGAGGUGUGCAUGCACACAAAAGCUUAUACCAAGAACAAACUUACUUGGUCUCUAAGGUGCUAUCUUUUUAUAUAUUUUGAUUGGGGAGCAUUGCACUAGAUAAGGCAGUGGAAGGGGCUUCAGGUUAGCUGUUGGGGGAGAAUUAGAUGAUUCCCCACCCUCAGGGAAGGGCUGGCCCCAGUUAGGGCUUGAUGAAGGAAGGGAGUGGUGCCUGAGUGGGUUGAGAAACUGCACCAGGUUAGCAGAAAGGAUUGACUUCCAGCUGGAGUGGGGUUGAAGGUCUGGUUUGGAGGAUCAGUGCUGGGGCAGGAAGAUGGCACUUGGGAAUCUCAUAGACAUGCUGUCUGGUGUUCCUGGCGGGCUGGUUCCUUGGGGAGUGAGCUUUGGAGUGGUUGAUGCAUAUGGCUACCCUUUGGGUACACACAUGAAAGAGUAGCUGGCGGUGUCUUCACCCCCUUGCCCUCAGCUUAGGGCUCCGAACUGAGGAGAGUAGCCCUGCAGGAACUGACAAAGGGGUGGAGAAACCCCCUGACCCUGAAGUUUGGGCCUUUAAGUAUGGAACCCGGAAUAUAUCUUUAAAUUUAUCAGAUUUCUAUACCACCCUUCACCUGAGGAUCACAGGGCAGUUUACAGUAUAAAAGCACAAAAAUACAUGCCAUAGUAACAAAAACACCCCGUCGUUUAAAAGGCCACGGAGAAAGUUAGCGUAGGUUGAGGAGGGAGCUGUUGUGAUGAAUUCCCUCCUCCUCUUGUAGGUGAUGAGAGAGUGAAAAUUGGUGGCAUAGCUCCAAAGUGUGUGUGUGUGUGUGUGUGUGUAUAAAAUAAAUAUAUUACUGAAUGCAUGAGAGUAUAGCUAAUGUAUUUUAAAGCUCCUGAAUCCCAUGAACCAUUCCUCCAUCUUUGCAGUUUUGUUGGAGAAAGUAGGCAAACUCAUUUAUGGUUAAGAAGUUGGGAGGGGGAAGAUCCUUCUCUCCUGGCUGGGAGGGAUGGAGCUCGGUUGGUCUCCCCAGCUGGUUUUGGCAUGGCUUGAAGACUUUCAAAUAGCUGGCCCAAGCUGCCUGGAAAGCAGGGGAGGCAGGGAGUUGAGUCCAGGGUUGCAACUUCCAGACUUGUUCCCAUGCAAGGAGAGGCAGAAAGGUGGUAUGAAGCUGCAUGUUCCUUUGCAAUACCAGCCUUACUGGUGCUAUCUCCUGCUUCCCUGGUGUGGGGGCUGGGAUCCCAUUCACCAUAGCACCUCGUUUCCCCUCUGGGCACGGCUUCUGAUCCCCCUUGAGGAUGGCAGAGGUGUGGGCAGCGACUGGGCUUCCAUUGACUAACCCCCUGGGCUGGGUGUGAAUGACUGUGACUGAAAGAGGCCUUUCCUGCAGCAGCUGUGUUGCCGCUGAAUCUGUGCUUGGUGACUGGGAACCGUAUGGCAAGAAUUGCUAGGAAUUUGGCCCUUACAUGGGAAAUGCAGUAACUGAAUCUCCCAUAUUUUGAUGGGGAUGUUUCCCCAUGGAAUCUUAAGGUAGUUCUGAAAUGGGGGAGGGAGGGGGUGCAGAGGCACUGCCCGCAAAUGUAAAGGGCAUUUCUUCCAUCCAAAUGCUGUGGUAAUCCUUCCCCCCCCCCUUUCCCCUUUCCUUGGCCACGUGUGGCGCUCUCUGCAGUGGCAGCUUAGCUGAAUCAUGCUUGGUGUUGGCAGGAAGAGAGGGAGUCUCCCUCCAAACAUGUGGCACGGAGGGCCUCUCUGCCUGAUCACUUGGGCUAAAACUUCCUGCCUUUCUCUGCAGCUCCCUCCCUCUUUCCCACUCCUCCUCACGGCAGCGGCAGCGGCAGACAAAAAUCGGAAGCACGUGGUGACCUCGUAGGCGCACCCCGUUGCCGUCUGCAAAGGGACAUGUCAUGCCGCUUAAGCUGUUGCAGUUAACAGUUGUCCUAAUCAAUUAUCGGAGCGUAGCGCGGGUCAGAAGCAGUUUUUGGAGGAGGAGGAGGUGGGGUGGCGGCGGCGGCUGGAACUAAAACGAGCUCAGCAGAUCUCUGGAGAGGGUAAAUGAACCGACAUGCUCCUCCCGGCCUGGGAGGGAGUGCCAGGCGGCCAUGUAGUAGCUGAGCGGAGCAGCUGUGGCUACAGCCACCACCGCCUCUGCUCCGCUUUGUCUUAACGCUAGGGUGAGCCUGCAGCACCUCCUCGGGAAUCCAAUCUCGUUUUUCCAGCUCUGAUGUAAGAUGGGGAGGGUUCCGGAUGACUUGGGAGCCAUGUGCCUGCACGAAAUGAGGCGAGGCCUGGCCUUUGUCAGGGAUCUCGUGGCCCGCUGAGAGGCAUCCCCAGAGUGCAAGUUGGUAAUUUGGGGAGACUUGGCAGCUGGGGGGGGGAGUGUGUGUGCGUGCCUCAGUCCUUUCCAUAGUUGCUGAGGGGUCCUUCUCCUUUGCAGGGAUUGGGAUGUUAAGGUGCGUUGCUGAGCUCUACCUGGAGUAUCUACUCGGGACCUUUUAAACCUGGUGGGUGGGCAUCUGCAUGCUGAAGCCAUUGCUGUGAGUUUUAUUUGUUUUUAAAUAGAAGGCAAAACUCCGGAAUAGACUUACUGCUCAUCCCAGUCCUUGGGGCUUAAGGGUCUCACUUGCAAGCCCCAACAAGUGAAGCUUUUUCAUUAUACUGAGAACACAAAUGGUCUUUUUCUCAAAUAAAGCUUUCUCUUCCCCUCUCCCCACCCCAGCCCUAAAUUACUUUGCAUCCCAAGAUCUUAAACCCUUGAUUUUGUAAUGACUUGCAUUAGGGAAAGGCUAGCAGAACACCUGCAGACUCUAAAUACUUCUGUCGCUUUUGAUUUCUUUCUUUUAAGCUAUGCUAAAUUUCCAUAAAAAUGCACUAAACAACUAGUCCAGGUAAGUUUCGAAGUGGGGCUGGGGAGGAUGAACAGGCAGCUUUGAUUUUUCUCCAAGGCAGGUGCCUUCUCGCUUUCCCUCAUCUCUGCCUUUGGCUCAGCAUUAGUUUAGGGGGCAGCACUUCUUCCAGAGUGUGAUGCUCAUAAUCUGGUGUAGUUUUACUGUCAAGGCACAGAAGCUGGUCACUUCCAUUGCUCUCUCUCGCUCCCUCCCCCCCCCCCCCCGGCUGAACCAUUGCCAAAAUAACUUGUGGCUGCCCAGGCCAAAAGGUAUGUGUGCCGGGCAGUUUUGGAAUUUGCUUGGGAGUGGGGCCCCUGCCCCGGACAUCACACCAGCUUAUUUCAGCAGUUGCGCAUUCCACAUGCUUGAAUUAAUGGGCGACCUCCGUGCAGUUGGGGCGCCGAGUUGUGCAGAAGUCUUAAACACAACCAGCAGCUCAGGCAUCAAGGGUUCCUUUACAGAAGGCAACGUGGAAAGAGAAAUUGGUGAACGAAGCUGGUGUGAUUUGGGGGGGGGGACCAAAAGCAUGGCCCUGCUCCCACACAAACCCCCAAAUGCACUACACAUGAGCAGCACAGAAACAGGGCUAUUGCAAGGCAGCUAUGCCCUUGUCACAGGUGAGAAUUGACUUGGUUGCGCGCAGCGCUGGAAAAAUGUCAAAUUCCCAUGAGCAGGCAUUAGAUUCUUAGGUGCCCGCCUUGCACAACACUGGAAACUCUGGAUUAGUUCUGCCGCUGCUGCCAUGGCAGCUUCCUCUUGGCACGCAGAGAUUGCAAGCAGAGCUCUGGACUUCCUGGAGUGCAAACUGCCCCCUUUGCAGAGCUAGACAGCUGGAUUUUUGGGCUCCCUUAAUCCUGUCGGCCGUACCGCCUUGGUUCUCAUGCUGAGGCGUGUGUUUGUCUGCCUAAGACUGCAGGCAUGCAAGUGCUUCCUCGCCCGCCCGCCCCCCCAUAAGCUGGUGGUGACUUAAGCAUGGAGCCUUAUGGCCAUGCUUAUAACUAGAGAGCAGCUAUCAGCCUGUACUCGUCUUACCCAGAGCGUUGUUAACUGAGAACUGGCUCAUCUAAUGAAACGACUUGGCCGGCAUGAUAUUGACAAGCUAAAGUGUUUUACAUGGCAAGUGGUUAACCUGUGGAAUUCAUUGCCACUGGAUAUUUUGUCGGCUCAAAAAACAGUUCAGAGUUUUUGCCAUGAAAGAUUUUUAUUUUGGGGGGCAUUAGGGGCUUUGUGUAUAAGCCUUGGUAGCUGAAUGUGACCUGAGUGCUUCUUCCAUGACACUUCAGAGGCAGUGGCCGUGUAUUUCCUCUCCUGAUUAAAAGGAAGGUGGGGUUCUUGGGAUGCGAUAUUCUUUGACGUAGGCCAACUUCAGGAACUGUUUCUUCUGAAGAGAACCUAGAAAUCUGCCAAUUAGAGCUGGGUGCAAAAGAAAAAAUCUUUUAAAAAAGAGUUAGAAUUCUGAGCCCAGGAAUUUGUUCCAAGUCUUGGAACUGAACUGAGCUCACAGCCCUGCCACACAAAAAUCCAUUCCUGGUUGCCGUGAGCCUUCAGAAACCUUAAUUCAGGGGUGCGAGUCACUUUGUUAGCAUAGCUAAGCAACCAGAAAUCCUUGACCCUAUACUUAAGUUUUAGACAUUUUCCAGCAAGGGCAUCAGAAGAGCGUGCAGGUGGAAUAAGGCCGAAAGGGGGCCCUUGUAGCCCAGCAAUUCUUUUCUUGCAGUGACCAAGUAGAUUCCCCAGUGGGAAGUCCACAAGCAAGACUAGAGCGCAAGGCAGUGACAUUCUCUUCCCUGCAUAUCCAGCAACUGGUAUUGAGAAACUUUGCUGCUUCCUAACUUUGGAGGCAGAGCCAAGCCGUCAGGGUCAGUAGCCAUUGUUGCCUCCGGGAAUCGAUCUGUACCUACUUUUUAUGGAUCCCUGCUGUGAGCACCGUUCGAUGCCGAAUUCUAUACAUGCACAGGGUGAUCACGUGAACUGCGCCUACCUCAUCCAUGUCUGUGGUUAGCCAGGCAUUGCCCCACCCUGACUCACUCCAGCCUAAAGAUGAGAAAUCGUCCUGGGCUAAACAUGCUAAAUGGAUCGGCAGCACCAACCCAAGCCUUUUUAUUUCGCAAGAUGAUGGCGAUGAGUUUUCCUAACCAUUCUUCCUUGUCUUUCUCUCCUCCCCCUUCCCCAAUGCCCCCAGCAGUUUCCAUAACAUCUGUUCCACCAUGGCUGAUGACCUAGACUUCGAGACCGGCGAUGCCGGGGCCUCCGCAACCUUCCCCAUGCAGUGCUCCGCUCUCCGCAAGAACGGCUUUGUGGUGCUCAAAGGGCGUCCCUGCAAGAUUGUGGAGAUGUCCACUUCCAAGACCGGCAAGCACGGUCAUGCCAAAGUGAGUGUGCCUCGUCGCCCACGGCGGCUGGUGGCUGGUUUGUCUUCGUGGUCCUCUUUGGGGACAGCUCUUGGUGUGGAUUUGCAUGCUUGGCUAGGGCUGCCAUACAUCCGGAAUUUCCCAGACACAGCCGGAAUUUAUCCAUCGAAAAUGGUGUCUUGGCGGGAUUUUCGAGAAUUGACUAAAAUGUGUGGGGAAACCCGGACGUAUGGCAGCCCGUGUGUUGAUUUUUUUGGUGUUUCCCCUAAAAAAUAGCCACAACUCAACAACUUUGGCAAAAGAACCCAAAAACCCUCAAUGUCUUUUGUGUCCAGAUUUUCACUUUUUGAAAUAUGGCAACCCUAUGCUUGGUACUCCAGCAGGAGUUUGUGCAUGUUCACGUGCAGCAAUGUUAGAAACUCAGAUAUAUAAGCUAGGGACCAAAUUGCUCCUUAAAUUGAGGUUACAGUCGCCAAAAUGGAAUGUCUACUUGCCAUUUGGGGGCAAAACGGUUCUUGAGUCUCAUUUUUCAAAUGAUGGACUGACAGUGAUUGAUUCUUAGUUAAACAUCUGGCUAGUUCAGAUGACAAACCUUGAGCUAGGUUAAGAACUCUGAGAACUUAAAAAAGAGCAGUCCCUUGAUCCAGGCACAGUCCAGAUCUAUAUUGGCCAAUCCCUACCUCUUUCUCCUAAUGGUGACACAGACCGUCCAUCUUCACUUGGUCACUAGUGGCCGAUAGCCAGGUGCAAAAUGUGCCUGGCUAAUUUCAAACCCUGGACCUGUGUAGUAGUUUCACUGUAGUCCUCCAGCUUGCCUUUUAUGUUGUGCAUCUGGGCAGUUGCCCAUGAGCAGGCAAAGCAUGUUAAAUCAGCUGGCUUUUAAGGAGGAGGAACAUCAAAAUUGAAUGGGUUCUGACACCUGGUCCUUGCUGCCUCCCCUUAGUACAUUGGUUCCCAAAGUGGGCGGUACCAGCCCAGAGGGGUGCUAAGAGGCAGGCGGUUGCUGGAGGUGUAAUGGACUCUCCUGACUUUGAAAAGCUGAUAUUACUGAAUCACAUUAAUCAUUUUUGUUGAAUUAAGCUAAAUAGUUUAACUUGGAUUUUGAAUAAAUGUGCAAUUAAUUGUUCUGGUUUUAAAUUUUAUUGUGUUAUUAUCUUCCUUAGUGGGUGGUGCAAACCGCUAUUCCGAAUAAUGCUUUUUAUAGGGUAGGGGGCGCUGGGGAUGAGUUUGUGGAACCAAGGGGGGAGUGACCUGAAAAAGUCACUGCCUUAGAAGGUGGGGUACGUAGCGCAAAAAAAUGCCAGGAGGGCACCAGGUCUGGAGAAGGUGCUGGGCUUAGACAAUAAGCCUGGAGCCAGAGGGUUGGUUCUUUACUUCCUCUCCCUGUGACUGUCUGUCUCUCUUUCUGUCCUGGAACAAUUUGAACCUCUUGUCGUUCUCUUCUCCAUUGCAUGCAGCAAUGAGAUUAUUGCUGGCUGAGAUUAUUGUCUACAUUUAUAAACAGCCUUUCUUCCAGUGAGUUCAAGGCAGUUUGCAAUAUGAAAUGCUGAAAAGUAAGGCGCAAGGUGGAAUGAAAAUGUUGUGUGAGGCUUCUUGGGUCUGCAAAGCAUUGCUUUCUCCUCCGUCGCCUGCGCUGGUCACCUUUCAGCCACCUGACCUCUGAGGCAUGCUGCCAUUUAGCUUCUCUAUCUCCUGAGAUCGUUUUCCAGCCCUUCGCCUCAAGGAACAACUUGCUUUAGAAUGCGUUGAGAGGCCUGCUUUUUUGCCAAAAAUGCAAGGCAACAUAUAUAUAUGUUUAAUCUCUUGAGCUCUGUUGGCAACAGUAGUUGUAGCCCCAGACAUCUGGAGGGCACCGUGUUGAGGAAUCCUGGCUAAGUGGUGUACAAAAGUACCCAGAGUUUCUCAGUCUGUCUCCUGGGGCUGUGUUCUCUCCUGUGAAGAGCCAAGAGACCUGCUUUCUUUGCAUGUCAGUGGCGUUGUUAAGUCACCGGUAGGCAAUGCAUUCUGGUGGCUUUUGGAGACUGUCUGGAUGAUACCUGUACACUUUAGUUUACAAGGUGUGUUUCUUGGUGCCUGCGGCUAAUCAGGUUCUUGGGGGCAACCUUUUGUGGGAUAAUCACUUUAGUACCUGUUUGAAUCUCCCCCUGCCCCAGUCAGCGGUUCUCAACCUGUGGGUCCCCAGAUGUUGUUGGACUACAACUCCCAUCAUCCCUGAGCUCUGGCCUUGCUAGCUAGUGGUGAUGGGAGUUGUGGUUCAACAGCAUCUGGGGACCCACAGGUGAGAAAGGCUGGCUUAGAUGGACUUGAAAUAGAAACCCAAAAAAAGGGAGGGGGUGUUAAAAGUAAUGCUUUGAACUUUGUGGAAGUUCAGCCUCUGAAUUAGAUAACCUGAAAAGUUAAAGGUGAAAGGCCAGUGGAGAAUAGACUGCAAAACGUGGCUGUUGGUAUUCCUGAUUUAUUUGUUUCUUAAAAUAAAAAAGGUAAGUAUUGAGUGUAUAAAUAACCCACACCAUACUGCAACCCUAAUGUGGAAACUGAAGAGAGGGAAGGAAGGAAGGAAGGAAAGGGAAAGAGCUGGAGGCGAGGCCUAGCUGUUGAGGGAGUUCGCAGCUUGACAAGGAGACUGGUGUGCGAGGCGCAGAGAGUCCAGAUCGAGCGGAGGUAGAUACGGUGCCAGUGGGAUGCCAAGGGAUCUGGUUGCAGUGGACCAAAGCGUGCCCCUCAGUUCCAGACGGGGUGCGUUUGUGCCUGUGUCUGCCUACCAUAAGAGAGAGAGACUGCAUCUGUUGAGAAGGGGGCUGGCCUCCCUUCCUGAGACAGAACAAGGACCUUGCCUGUUUCCUCCGGACUUCUCCUGCAGGGAACACCUGGGUGCUUUUUUUAAAAAAAAUGUGUCCCCGUUAACAUCCUGUCUUCCUCUCCACCCCCACUGUAGGUGCACCUUGUUGGCAUAGACAUCUUCACUGGGAAAAAAUAUGAAGAUAUCUGCCCUUCCACCCACAACAUGGAUGUGCCCAACAUUAAGAGAAAUGACUUCCAGGUAGGUGGGUGGAGCUGGGUGGGGUUCACCCCCCCCCCACUUCAGAGAUGGGAAUCCCGAAAGAAGAGGGUUGGUGUGCACCCGCUAUGGCCUGCCUGGCUUGCAAACUGGGUAGACUGCUAGUGGUGGCUGCUGUAGCACGGAUAGGCAAAGUGGCCCUCCCACACAGCAGCUGCGGUGGGCAAUGGAGGCAGGCUUCUGCCCUUCCAGAGAAAUCUUUUUAGCUGUUUUGGCUCCUCUCCCUCAGUUUUGAGCGUUCAUAUAUGAUUCUUGCUACCGCUGGAUGUGCCCCAGGGACUGUUAGUUUUGUCUCUUGGCGUGGGAUUGUUCCCUGACAAAUCAUCUGCUGUUACAAACUUGGGGUGGUUUCAAAAAGGUGGCAGGCCAAGGCAGCUGGAGGAACAGACACUCCUUCCUUUCCAUGCCAAGGUGAACAGGAACAGGUUAUUAUUGUCUGUUAAAAUCAAUAGUUUCUUUUCCACUAUGGCAACUCAAAGCAGCUUUAAAAAACUGCUUGCAUUAAAACCUGUGGGGAGAGUGAAAUUCACUAAAAUAUCUCAAACACUCUAAAAGGCCAUAUGGGCAGUUAAAGAGGAAUUCUUUUGCCUGGUGCCUGAAGAUAUACAAUGAUGGCUCCAGGCCAGCCUCCCUGCGGAGAGCAUUCUGCAAGCAGGGAGCCACCACUGAAAAGGCCCCGUCCUGUUGCCAAAGUGCUACUUCAGUGAGUUUUUUAAGUCUGGAAGGUGGCCCGAUAGCUCAGCGCUGACUGUUCUGCCCUCCUUCCUUCCUUUCCUCCAGCUUAUUGGGAUCCAGGAUGGGUACCUCUCCCUGCUCCAGGACAGCGGGGAAGUCCGGGAGGAUCUACGCCUUCCUGAGGGAGACCUGGGCAAGGAGAUUGAACAGAAAUAUGACUGUGGCGAAGAAAUCCUGGUAAGAGAACACGUCAGGGGCCGGAGGGGAAGAGGCCUACUGCUGCUGCCGCCCUCCCUCCCUUGGCCCAAGUGAUUUGUGUGUUUUGGGGGGGUGUAUUUAACAGCAGCAUUCCUUAGCCCAGAGAGGCCUGGGAUGGCAAAGCAUGGUGAUGACUGAAAAGCAGGGUAAAAACAAGUUAGAAUACCAAAUUCCAAUCCCAGCCAGAUGCAGAAAUGAUUCCAUAAGCCUUAAAAUUCUAUAAGCACCAUGUUUUCCCGUCCAGUGUAACAUAAGCAACAGUGGGAACAAAUUAAGCUUCGUUAGAGAGGAAGUUGCAAAGUUGAGCUGCCCAGGACCAUAGGCGGCCUUGCCUGGGGUUCCCAGCCACCAACUGGGAAGAUCUUCUUGCGGGUGGAGUGGAGAAGGCGAGAGAGCAUGCCUGGCAUUGAUCUGAGUGUGCAUAAGGCAAAAUGCCCUACCACUGCUGUGUCUUUGAGGACAUUGGAGAUAGACUAAUGAAGGAGGAGGGAAAACGGGGCACUGGUCCUCAGCUGCACGGUGGGGUGUUGGACAGCAAACAGAGCAGGUUUCUUCCCUGCUGCUGCUUCAGGUGGCAGGGCUUGGAGCCUUCCCUUGCAGAAGGUCCCAGUGGCAUCUUCAGGUGGGAAAAGACCUUUCCCGUAUACCUGAAGGAACGUCUCCACCCCCAUCGUUCAGCCCGGAAACUGAGGUCCAGCUCCAAGGACCUUCUGGCGGUUCUCUCAUUGCCAGAAGUGAGGUUACAGGGAACCAGGCAGAGGGCCUUCUCGGUGGUGGCGCCCACCCUGUGAAACGCCCUCCCUCCAGAUGUCAAGGAAAUAAACAGCUAUCCUAUUUUUAAAAGACAUCUGAAGGCAGCCCUGUUUAGGGAAGUUUUUAAUAUUUAAUGCUGUAUUGUUUUUAACACUCAAUUGGGAACCGCCCAGAGUGGCUGGGGAAACUCAGCCAGAUGGGCGGCGUAUAAAUAAUAAAUUAUUACUAUUAUUAUAUAUUUCUCUGCCUGAAACCCUGGAGAACUGUUGCUGCCAGUUAGAACAGGUGCCCGUGAGCUAGGCAGACUGGUGUGACUCAGUAGAAAACUGCUUCUUACGUACAAUACUGGCGGCUUUGGCCUCCUUCGCCUGGAGGUCCUCAAGCAGAACCCGGAUGCCCAUUGUGGAUCAUGCUUGGUCUGGGGCUAGCAGGACCUCACGACGGCUGGGCUCUGCUUCCACAGUCGGGAGGCAGCGAUGCUGCUGAACGUUGCUUGCUGAGAACCGCAGGAGGAGGGAGGGCUGUUCUGGCACUCGGAUCCCGCUUGUGGGUUUCCCAUAAUGAUCAUCUGGUUGGCCACUGUGAGAACAGGAUGGUGGACUAGAGGGGGCCAUUGGCAAGAGCCCUCCCUUUCCCCCCCCCCAAUAAUAUUUAUUAUUUUCAGUAGGUAAACAUAAUAAAAAAGAAGAGAUUAAUAAUAAUAAAGACAAACAAAAAAUAGGGAAAAAAAGGAGAAAAAAUAAAAAAGAUACAUACAACAUAUUGCCACUUAAAUAAUUAAAAUUAAGUACCAUCCAUCUUCAGAAACAUAGUAUUUGACUUCCUUGAAUCUCUUCCAUCCGAAUUUCUUAGUAAUUAUAUGUAGCAGUUUCCAAUAUCAGUGUUUCAAAAAACCAUAUCACAGUCCUAAUCAUAUUACAUAACUUUCCUUAUCGUACAUUUUCUUAUUUGUAAAUUUAAUUCCAUUUUAAUCCUAGGCCUAAUUGUUUCUUUCAAGUGGUUACAUAUCUUUAAGAGCCCUCCUUCCCUUCUAAGCUCUUGAUUCUUGCUUGCUUGCUUGCUUCCUCCCUCCUCAGAUCACCGUACUGUCUGCAAUGACCGAGGAAGCUGCAGUUGCUAUCAAGGCCAUGGCUAAAUAA